AUGGCUGCUUCCUUCGUCCGACAGGGUAAAAAGAUCGUCGCAAUUGGACGAAACUAUGACCUCCACGUGAAGGAACUGGGGAACACGCGUCCUGCUGAGCCUUUCUUCUUCUUGAAGCCCACCACCAGCUAUCUACCUUCCGGCGGGAAGAUGGAGAUACCGACUGGUGUGGUUGCCCACCACGAAGUCGAGCUUGGUGUUGUGAUUGGGAAAGGUGGACGAAACAUCUCAGAGGCCGAAGCGGAGUCGCACGUUGCGGGCUAUGCCCUUGCGGUCGAUAUGACUGCGCGGAAUGUUCAAGACCUCGCCAAGAAACGAGGACUACCAUGGAGCGCCGCGAAAGGCUUCGAUUCAUUCACUCCGAUUGGAUCGUUCAUCCCGAAGGAACAAAUUCCCGAUCCGCAUAACGUUACGCUGACACUCCAAAUCAAUGGCACGUCCAAGCAGAAUGGCUCGACCUCCGCCAUGAUCCUUCAAAUACCUCGUUUGAUUGAGCAUAUCUCAUCUAUCAUGACACUUGAGGAAGGCGACCUUGUUCUUACGGGUACACCUGAUGGCGUUGGGCCCGUCAAUCCUGGCGACAAGGUCCAGUGCACGCUCCUCGAUGCCUCUGGCAAGGAGCUGAGCAGGCUUGACUUUGACGCAGUCGCGAGGGAAGACGGGUAUAAAUUUACUGGAAUUUAG